AUGGGAGCCGUGACUGACGACGAAGUCAUACGGAAGCGUCUCCUGAUCGAUGGAGAUGGUGCUGGAGAUGAUCGGAGAAUUAAUCUGCUGGUGAAAAGUUUCAUUAAAUGGUGCCACUCAGGAUCUCAGGAAGAGGGAUACAGCCAGUACCAACGGAUGCUGAGCACACUGUCCCAAUGUGAGUUUUCAAUGGGCAAAACUUUGCUGGUAUAUGACAUGAACCUCAGAGAAAUGGAAAAUUAUGAAAAAAUUUACAAAGAGAUAGAAUGUAGCAUUGCUGGAGCCCAUGAAAAAAUUGCAGAGUGCAAGAAGCAAAUUCUUCAAGCAAAACGAAUACGAAAAAACCGGCAAGAAUAUGAUGCACUGGCAAAAGUGAUCCAGCAUCAUCCAGACAGGCAUGAGACAUUAAAAGAAUUAGAGGCUCUGGGAAAAGAAUUAGAACACCUUUCACAUAUUAAAGAAAGUGUUGAAGAUAAGCUGGAAUUGAGAAGGAAACAGUUUCAUGUUCUUCUUAGUACCAUCCAUGAACUUCAGCAAACACUGGAAAAUGAUGAAAAGCUCUCAGAGGUAGAAGAAGCUCAAGAAGCAAGCAUGGAGACUGAUCCUAAACCAUAG